CUAGUAUACGAUCAAAUGAUGUUCUUCGAUUCGCACGAAAAGAUCAUUACUUACUUACAGUUAUCUUUGUUCCAAAAAUGUAACAUUUGUUGAUUUUAAUUUUAUUUUAACAUAAUUUGGUGCUCCUAGUGAUAUGUGAAGCAGAUAUCGAAAUUUAUAGAAUAGUGACCCAGCGCGUGUCGAUCACUUCUUUCAAAUGAAUGAGGGAGAAAAGGAACUAAUUUUUCGCUCAGAAUACUGGUACAAUUUUCCCUAGUGGAAAAUAAUUAAAACUAGUGCAUCAUGCCAAGGAAAUUGUUAAAAUUUCUUAUCCUGUUCGACAACUCUUCGCUGCUGUAUUUCCCUGGACAGUUCCUAUCAGGAAGGGUACUACUAGAGCUACAGGAAAACACACCCGUACUAGGACUACACUUCCACGUGGUAGGGGAAUGUGUAGUACGCGUACGAUCAGGACGCCACGAGCGUUCCUACGAUAAAGAGAACUACAUUGAUUUCCGGAUGCGCUUGCUGGGCGAUGCCGAACAUCAAGGACCAACCGUACUAUCACCGGGAAUACACAGUUUCCCGUUCAAGCUUGGCUUGCCAAUAGACCUUCCGUCUACCUUCUUGGGUCGAUAUGGGUGGGUCCAGUAUUACUGCAAAGCUGCUCUGCGGGAACCGUCAGGCUUGAUUCACAAGAACCACCAAGUCUUCAUAGUUAUGAAUCCAAUCGAUCUGAACACAGAGCAACCUUAUUUGGCGGACCCAUUCAAAUGUAAUAUCGAGCACAAUUUGGGAGUAGCGUGCGUUGGUGGAGGAAUCGUGAAAUGUAGAAUUAUUCUGGAUCGUGGUGGUUAUGUCCCAGGUGAAUCAAUCAUGAUCACGGCCACCGUUACAAAUUCUAGCAGCGUUACAAUCAAAAGCACUAAGGCUGCCUUAACCGAAACGAUUCAGUAUUUUGCUAACGAAAAACUAAUCCAAACCGAGAAACGCGAGCUAGCGGUUAUAGCACGAGGGAAGAUUCGCCCUGGCUGUCGGGAUGAGUGGCAAAAUGAGUCGCUCUAUGUGCCACCCCUGCCACCAACCAAUCUUCGAGGAUGCCAUCUUAUUCGGAUACAAUAUGAUGUUUGUUUUUUGAUCGAGCCAAAAUCCUUAGAGAAGCAGGUAAAACUGCAGCUGCCCAUUACACUUGGAACGUAUCCUUUUAAAAACGGCGAAGGAGAGGAUACCAAUGAGUGGGCCGAAACCGUUUACAAACCGGAAACGCAUUACCCCUCGACGCUGCCCAUUUUUAGACCAUGGCUCCACGAGAAGGCAGAUUCGAAAUGAUUCGGUCGAUUGGAAUUCGUGCAAUGCAUGACAAGAACACGUUUUUAGUGAUAUAUUUUAUUAGAAAACAGCAUUUUUUAGAAUAAGCACAACAAGGCAUCAUCUAGGAAGGUACAGGAAAGUGCCAUAAAGGUUUAAAAUAUUAAACGAACAAAUUGUGUAUGUGGAAUAAAGCAAUAAAUCAACAAACGGUAA